AUGAUGGUACAACAAAAAAAUAAAGAUUGGAGUCCGGAAAGGAAAAAGAAAAAACCGGAAGAUGUUGAUUUUUUCCACGAGGAUAUGGAAGUCGAUGUUGGAAAUUCGUUGAUUGUAGGAGGAGAAGAUAUGAUGGUCGAUGAUAUGUACAUAAGACAGGUAAUGGCACUCAGUCUUCCAUCGGAUGAAGAACUUGUCGCAGAAAUAAAUAAACAUUUUAGAAAUUACUUAAGUAAUCCUGAAAAUUUAGAAUCUGCAACAAACACUUUAUUAGAUGAUAUAAUUGAAGAUGCAAUAUUGGGUGUAGUAUUUGAAGUUCACAUGGAAAGAAAAACUAAACUCCAUGAAAUAAUUGUCGGAGAAUCGGAUGAUGAAAAAUAUAAAAUAAUAGAUGCAUUGGAUUUGGACAUAUUUGGCCAAGCUCCUGGUAAAAAAAAUUAUGAAUGUAUUUGUCCAAGUUGUAAUAGAAGUUUAGCAGCAUCUAGAUUUGCUCCACAUUUAGAAAAAUGUAUGGGAAUGGGAAGGAAUAGUUCUAGAUUAGCGAGUAGAAGAAUUCAAACGACGGCCAAUAAAGAAACAACUGGAGCUUUAAGCGAUGACGAAGAUGAUGCUGAUUGGACUGUUGGUAAUGAGAAAAAAGGAAAAUCAAAGAAGAAAGAAAAAGUUACAAUUAAAAAAAUUGGAAAGUUAGUGAAAGUAAACAAAAAUGUAAAUAAUAAGCAAUGUAUUUUGAAGUCGAUAAAUAAUGGUUCAAAUUUAUUUGAAAUUCUUCUAAUUCAGAUAAUGGACAAAGUAAUGAUUCAUCAGUAUCAAGUUUAUCAUAUGAGAAUAUGUCAGAAGCUGAUAAAAAAGCACUUUUAUCACAAAUAUGUGGAGUCGUUUCUGAGCAUACGAAAAAAAUAUGUACUAGAACUUCAAAAUGUCCUCAACACACGGAAGAACAGAAAAAAGCAAUCAGGGAAAUGUGUUUAUCAGAUUCAGCCGAGUUUACUCAAAAUGAUAAUUUUCAGGUAA